GCUUGAGUGGUCCGUUCGAUUGCUAGCAGCAGAAGUGUUUGAUUUUUCUGUGUGACGCGGCGCGUUGGAACAACUUUAACAAAUUUUCAAAUUCAAACACCAAAAUAAAAUAACAAAACGGUGCCGGCAAUUCGUUACCGAUAGUUUGAAAUUUCCUAACAUAUUCACCCAGUUUGUUAGUUCAUCAGUGCCUGUUGUUACGGCACGAAGAGAGAAUAAAAAGUGAUUGAACGGUUUUGUUUUCUUACUUCGCUAAGUUCACGAUCGCCGAUGAAACCCAUUAAUUAAACGCUGUGGUGCAGUAGUUAUACACAUAUAUGGUACAUUCCGGAGCACAUUUGAGUUUUUGAUCUUGAGGUUCCAGCUGUGCGCAAAUUGACGGAUUGGCACACACAAGGAGUAGAUCGGCAGCACCAAUUCAUCAUCAGCUCCGCGGCCAACGGGCUCUAUGAACUGUUGCUGUUUCUGGAUUUGUCCGCCAUCGCUAGCCAGUGGUGUUUCUCCCGCGCACAGAUACAGUCCCCCCUUUCGAGAGGCUCCAAUCCAUUAGGCAGCAGAAGGAACCGAAACCUCCCUACCGAGACCUGGUAGUAGUGCCUGUGACCUCGAAACAGACCGAUUCAGGUCCAUCCAUCCUCAGGAAAAGAAACUGCUCGGAACGGGAAUCACCACAGUUCGGAAACAGCUUCAAACGGGCAUAGUUAAUUGAACAACAGCAGCGAAGCGUUUUUGGUGGUAGUGCUUAGGUUUUUUUUCGGUUGAUUUGCCGUUCGGGCGAAGAGAAAUGGCAGCUUAGCUCACCAAGUUCAGUGCCAGCAAACAGCUAGAAACAGAACAAAACGAAUUGAGAAGAAAGCGCGAGAUUCGUGUUGGGAGAUAAAUCUGGAAACAUCAGUGAUCCCGCGGCCAUCGAAGAAGCUGAGUUUAGAAAAGCACGAACGCGAUCAUCCUCUGUUACAACUAGUGGGGCAAGAGGCUAGAGGUUGUUUCUUCUAAACACACCGGAGGCGCAGAAAGUGAAGAAAGUAGUGCUAUUGAUAUUCCAAACACCCACCCACCCAUAGACUGGUGUGGGAGGCUUGAAUGUGUGUUGUGUUAUUCUCGAGCGAGCAAUAGUGCAUUUUCGUUUAGACGUGAAGUGCAAUCGAAUUGAUUCCCGAAGCAAAGGUUCGGAGCAGCAACAAUGUUGAAGUUCAUCCGUGGCAAAGGCCAACAACCUUCGGCCGAGCGGCAGAAGCUGCAGAAAGAGUUAUUCGCCUUCCGGAGGACGGCACAGCAUGGCUUUCCACAUAAACCGUCGGCAGUGGCUUACGAUUCCGUCAGCAAACUUAUGGCCAUCGGAACGAACAGUGGCAUCAUCAAGGUUUUCGGUAAACCCGGAGUCGAGUUCUACGGUCAGCAUCCAGCCACUAACAAUGCAUCGGAUUCGGUCGUACAGCUGCUGGAGUGGAUUCCCGGAAGUGGUCGGCUGCUAUCGCUGACGGCCUCCAAUCAGCUUUUUCUGUGGGAACCGACCGGCACUGUGCUGGUCAAGAUCAAGGACCUCCCGUUCGAUGGGAAGCUGAAAAAGAUUUCCUCCUUGUGUUGUUCGUACAUGAAGGACACGGUCUGGAUUGGGACAGAGGGUGGCAACGUUUAUCAGUUUGAUAUCAAGAGUUUUUCCGUGCGAGAACCCGUAAUUUACCAUGAUGUAGUCCUGGAGCAACUACCUCAGUCGUACAAAUUGAACCCCGGAGCGAUCGAGUCCGUCAAACAGCUGCCGAAUAAUCACAACCAACUGCUGAUCGCAUACAACAGAGGAUUGGUUGUGUUGUGGGAUCUCGAGACUUCUAACGUUAAGCAGUCGUUUAUUUCUCCGGGCCAUGGUCAAAGUGUGGGACUGUUUAUUACUGCCUGCGGAACGCAAUUUACGUGGUAUCAUGCCGACGGUUCUUUCGCCACCUGGGACCUUGAUAGCACAAUUCCCCCGGAGAAUCAAAAAUACGUACCAUACGGGCCGGAUCCCUGCAAAGCUAUCGAUCGGCUUAUUCGCGGCAAGCGGGGGCUUUAUGAGUUGGUUGUGUUCUCUGGCGGAAUGCCAAGAUCGGCCUACGGUGAACACCAAUGCGUGUCCGUUCACUGUCGCGAUGGCACAAAAGUUGCCUUCGAUUUCACCUCGAAGGUUAUCGAUUUCUUCGUAACCUUUAAUGAUGAAAAACAAGAUCAAGCUGAAGUAUUAGUAGUGCUGUUGGAAGAGGAAUUAGUUGCUUACGAUUUGACCGACGAAACUCUGCCACAAAUCAACGCACCUUACCUGCAUUCUCUGCACGCUUCCGCUGUAACUUGCAAUCAUCUGGUUUCCAACGUAACUCCGGAAGUUUAUCAGAAAAUCGUUCAAGCUGGCGAGAUCCAAACAGCAGAAUAUAGUUCCAACCCAUGGCCAGUUGUAGGUGGAAACCUUCCGAAAUCAAAUGACGAAGAAAAACAAGAUUAUGAUAUUCUUAUCACCGGGCACGAGGAUGGUUCCGUGAAAUUCUGGGACUGUUCUGACGUUUGUUUAACGCCGCUAUUGCACGUUAAAACCGCACCACUGUUCAACAAUAGCGACGGGUUCGAUGACGACAAUAAUCUGAACAAUUCUACCGAACAGUUGGAUGAUGGUGAGCCUCCGUUCCGAAAGGCUGGUCAAUUCGAUCCGUACUCAGACGACCCGCGACUAGCGGUCAAGAAAGUGCAACUGUGUCCCCGAACAGGUACGCUUAUAAUAGCCGGAACCGCUGGUAACGUUGUGGUGGCUACCCUGGAUCCUUCUCCGGAGGAACCUGGCCCGCUAAAGGUAACUACGAUGAAUUUGGUUAGCGAUCGCGAUGGAUUCGUUUGGAAGGGUCACGAUCAGCUGAAAGUUAAGCGUCAAUUGCUAGAGGAGAAUCAGCCGAUACUGGAUGGAGUGCAUUUCACCAGUGUGCUGCAAGUUCUUCCACCAGCAGCGAUCACUUGCAUUGCCGUUCAGAGCCAGUGGAGCUUGGUUGCCGCCGGGACUGCUCACGGGUUGGUGGUGUUCGAUUAUCACACACAGAGUCCAGUUCUGCACAAGUGUACCUUAAACCCUAAUGAUUUAACUGGGGCUGGUGAAACGCUGUCCCGGCGAAAGUCCUUCAAGAAGACUCUGAGGGAAUCGUUCCGUCGUUUGCGCAAAGGUCGUUCCACUCGUAACAACCCAAACACCCAAGCCACGACACCGGCCGAAACGCGACCAGUAGAACGGCAGAUCGAAGCACGCCCCGUAGACGAUGGCAUGGGAUCGAUGGUGCGGUGCCUUACGUUUGCCCAAACCUACCUUACCAACGGACCCGCAACCAUUCCGACCCUAUGGUCCGGUACAAAUUCAAGCUGUGUGUCUGUGUUCAUACUGCAUGUCCCUCUUAGACAACCACCCGCAGCCGCUUCGAAUAACGAAGCUAGCGUCGAUGCUGGUGAUAUCCCACCCCCGAAACCGAUCACCGGACAGUUGGCCAAAGAAAUCCAACUCAAACAUCGUGCACCCGUUAUCGGUAUCGCUUUAUACGAUCAGAAUGGUCUUCCCUUGGAGUUUUCAACCCGUCCUAGCCCAGGACCUCACAAAGUGCUGAUUGCUACCGAAGAACAAUUCAAGGUGUUUUCACUGCCUCAACUGAAACCGGUCAACAAGUACAAACUGACUGCGCACGAAGGCGCAAGAGUUCGUCGCAUAGCCUUCGCGACAUUCAUGUGUAACGUCCCGGCGGGCUCGCUUCAAGUAAGUCCCUCCAAAUCAGGGUCUAGACCAUCGGUACCAUCAGCGGCAGCGGCCGAAGCAUCUCCAGAUUCUGCACAUAACACGAGUUCAGUUGAAUCACCGGCUGAUACUUCCGGCACAACCCAUUGUGAAAUAAGCCUGCUCUGCUUGACUAACCUCGGCGAUUGUUUGGUGCUAUCGAUACCGGAACUGAAACGUCAGCUUAAUGCAGCCGCCGUUCGAAGGGAAGACAUCAAUGGAAUUUCUUCGCUCUGCUUUACCAGUCGUGGUGAGGCGCUGUACAUGAUGUCUUCGUCGGAGGUGCAAAGGAUAACUCUGUCCACCACCAAAAUCGUUACGCCAGUCGGUUUUAUUGAACUGGAAGAUUGGUCUCACCAGGUAGAAGAAGACGCAGAGGAAGUGGAACCGGAUUCUGAACCCGCCACCCCGGACGACGAUGGGGUCGCUCCUCCUGUUGCGUUAGUAGAGAAGGCAAUCGACGUGACCAAGCCGCUCUCGGUGGCAAUUUCCACGGUCAAUGGAACCACCAGUGGCGGCGGUGAUGGACUUACGAAUGGAGCAACCAACGGAUGUAGCGGAGCUAGCAGUGCGGACGAAGCGUCACCAAACAAAGCGAACGAAACCAUCACAAGCUCGAUCGGGGACAUCACAAUCGAUUCGGUGCGCGAUCACCUGAACUCGACCACGACUACCCUGUGCUCGACAACUACCGAGGAGCUUGUCGGUCGCCUUUCGGUUCUGAGCACACAUUCGAACAACGUAUCGUCGUCGGCUAAAACGACCGAAAUCACCGCUCUCAAUUCGUCAAACAUUAAGGACCUUAAACUUGUAGGUGACUCAACCGAAACGGCAUCGAAUUCGGUUAUCAUCAAGUCAGUCAUCACAACGGUAAAGCACGGUACUGGACACGUUAACGGAGAGCAGCAAACAACCUCUUCAUCGACGACAACUACGACGACGUCAUCCGCUGGCGGUGGCAUCUCGUUGCUUCGGAAGGAAAGUCAGUUCUAGAAAGAAAAUUAACACUCCCCACAUACAUGCAACACGAGAAAAAAAAACAGACAAAUCGAGGGAUGUGAUGGAUGUACUGUUACUGUAAUUGUUGUUUUAGUUUGAGUUUUUUUUUUGUACCUAGAUACUAUCAUCCAGGAAACAGCAAUAGGAGAGCGUAGGGGCACUUCAAAAAGGGCUCUUUUAUGAAUUUGGACAGACUGGUUUUCGUUUGAAAGCAGUCUUUAAUACAUUUUAACUUUACUCAAAUAUUUGCUUGCAUAUUGAGAACGCAUUUUCAUUUUCUUUCUUGUCUUAUACAUCAAUUAGAAGUGAAUAGAAGUUUGUUGAAGCGUUUAUCGAAUAGAAACCAAAAUACAAAAUUUAAAUAAACAAUUUGUAGUUGUCAUCUUCUGAAUUAGAAAUUUUUGUCAAACAUAGCGUUGAAUGAAUUUCAACUGCCAGCACAUGCGAAAAUGCCUUUGACAAACGAUGAUGUUCAUUAUUUUUUACAAACAAAAAACCUGUUGUAAGGAAAGGAUAACUUCCAAUGCCAAUUCUGCUAAUAAAACCACAUCGAAUCGUACCGAUUUACUUAUUAUAAGGCGUAGCUUACGAAAAACGAUGCAUAUAUUUAUACAACUCUAUUUUAUACAAGAGAUAAAACAAAACAAAAAAACAUACUUACUGUAAGAAAAAAUGAAAGAAUAACGUCGUGCACGAACGGUGUCUGUUUUUUAAACAUAUUUUUAAUACUGUUAAAAUAUUGUACGUCAGCAGCGUAAUUACAAGAUUUCGGAGUAAUAUAUAUAUAUAUAUCUAUUUUAUUUUUAUUCGAUUGAAACCACUUCAUCAAUUGAAGACUUAGACGCUAGCUGAUAAAAAGAAGAAAAAACAUAAUGAUAACAGAAUGUGAAGAGAACAAAUAUCUUCUAAAAGAAGUCGCUAUUGUUUCGUGUAUUAUUUCUGCUUAAACUAUACCGUGUUAGUAUUACGAUGAAGUUGAUACAAUCGUUAACGUAUAAGAAAAGAAGAAAGAAUGUUUCCUUAAGCAAAUAAUUACUAUAUUUAUUUAAAAAAAAACGUUCGAUCUAUAUCACUUUCUAAAUCCCGUCCGUUAUUUUUUUUAAACGGAAGACGACUUAAGUAGAAAUACCUAUAUGUAUACACAAUUCUUAUUAAAGACGAGUGAUACACUUUUCACUAUAAAGCUAGCAGUGUUGAACAUAAGUAAAAUUGAAACAACUGUUUUCGAUGCAAUUUAUACCUAUGCGUAAUAGAAGCUUGUGUGAAGAGUUAAUAAACCAACUUUAACAAACAGAAGACCCACACAAAAGUACUAAGAUGAUCGACGAACGAAUAAUAAGCGAAAAAAAAUUAAACUUUAUCAAGCUUGGUUAA